AUGGUAGAUGAGUUGAAAUAUCUGGGCGUUAUUUUAGACAGUACGCUCAGGUACAAAACUCACAUCAAGGAGCAGACGGCAAAAGCUAUAAGAACACUGUUCCAAUGCAAAAGGGCAGUCGGUAAGAACUGGGGACUGAAGCCAGGAAUGAUUCACUGGAUCUACAAGGCGAUAAUACUACCCAGGGUGCUAUAUGGAGCUGUAACAUGGUGGCAUAGAGCACAUAUUAAAGAAAACCAAAGAGACCUAACCAAAGUCCAGAGACUAGCGUGCCUCAUGAUGACGGGGGCUAUGAGAACGACCCCGACACACGCAAUGGAGGUAAUGCUAGGUUUGAAGCCACUCUGGAUUGAGGUUGAGAAAAGAGCCACAGAACAGUGGUACAGAAUGAAAGCAUGCAAGGAAUGGAGAGGAAGCUGCGUGGACAAGAGACAUGCGCGGAUACAAAGAGAGGCACUAUCAAAACUUGAGAUGUUGAUGGCCAAUAAUGACCUUAUAAAGAGGCAGGAGAUAUUUGACAAGAAAUAUAGAAUACACAUAGGAGACAGAGACAACUGGAAGGUGGAAGUCGGUCACCCGACGACCAUUUGCUUCACGGAUGGCUCAAGAAGAAGCUCGACUAAACUGGCAGGAGCGGGCAUAGUGAUCCCCAAACUAGGGGAGAAAAUAUCAGUACCACUGGGCAGAUAUACUAGCGUGUUCCAAGCAGAGGUAUGUGCAAUAGCGCGCUGCGCAAGCAUAAUCAAGAAGAGUGUAAAGCAAGAGGGCGCUGUCGUAAUAUACACAGACAGCCAGGCAGCACUAAAGGCACUAAAGAAAAUAUCAGUCACCUCCUCUCUCGUGAGAGAAUGUCGAGAGGAGCUCAACUUGAUAGGCAAGCAAAGAAGUGUCACGGUGGCAUGGGUGCCAGGACACCAGGGAGUAAUGGGAAAUGAGAAAGCAGACGAGCUGGCGAGGAUAGGGGCGGAGACGGAAUAUAUAGGUCCGGAACCGGCUCUGCCUAUGUCAGCGGAUGUCACGAAGGGAGUAAUAGAGAAGGUAAAAGAGAUGGAAGCACAGAGAGAAUGGGAAGAAGAGACUGGGUGUAGACAGUCGAAGAUGAUGAUCAAAGGGUUAGACCACAGGAGAACCAGGUAUCUUUUGAAACUAGGUAAGAGCAGUCUGAGACUACUGACAGGUAUCAUUACGGGUCACAAUACUCUCAACAGACACCUUAAGAUAAUGGAAAUUAGUAGAGACGCCUCCUGCCCACACUGUGGUAAGGAGGAGACUAGCUUACAUUUACUAGCAGAAUGUACUAUGUACGCGGCACCGCGAUAUAAUACAUUCGGUAGAGACACACUGAAAGAACACGAACUAAAGGACGUCGAACUCAAAGAUGUCCUUCUGUUCUGCAGGAAAACAAGAAGAUUCGAGGAGAAUAGUGUGGGAAUGCCGCCGGGACAGUAA